AUGGCAGCAAAUGCAGCAUCAUCAGAAAGAGUGGUCGACUCGGCCAAGGUGUGGACAACACUCAUCACAAACACCAACUACCUCUCGGGCCUGUUGACUCUCGACUACUCGUUGAAAGCCGCUGGCAGCAAGUACCCUCUUGUCGCUCUCUACACCGACACCUUCCCUCCCGAGGGCCAUGCCGCCCUCAAGGCUCGCGGCAUUCCUUCCAAGCGCAUCCCCUACCUGCUGCCUACCAUGUCCAAGGACUACAGCAACGACCCUCGCUUCUACGACUGCUGGAGCAAGCUUACUCCAUUCGGUCUGGUCGAGUACGAGCGUGUAGUGCAGCUCGACAGCGACAUGCUCAUCCUGAAGAACAUGGACGAGCUGAUGGAUGUGCCCNUCGAUGGCCCAGAGCUUGCUGGUCGUGGUGAUCGCGUCUUUGCUGCGAGCCACGCUUGUGUGUGCAAUCCCUUGAAGAAGCCUCACUACCCCAAGGAGUGGGUCCCUGCCAAUUGCGCUUUCACCACCCAACACAACAAUCCCGAAGAGGCACAGAAGACUGGCGCCUCUCCUCUAGCAGGUCUCGCCAUGCCCAACGGUGGCCUUCAAGUCGUUAUACCAAGCAAGGAGAUCUACGACUUGAUCCAACAAGGUCUACAAUCAUCAGUCACCGCAUCCUACGAGUUUGCCGAUCAGUCAAUGCUCAGCGACCUCUUCCCCGGCAGAUGGGUCGCUCUCCCCUACAUCUACAAUGCUCUCAAGACUAUGCGCUGGCAAGGUGUGCACGACGCUAUUUGGAGAGACGACCAAGUCAAGAACGCUCAUAUCCUCCUCAGCCCUAAGCCUUGGGAUGAGAAGGGUGACGACAAGGGCAAGAACGACGAGACACACAAAUGGUGGUGGAACUACAACGAUCGCCGUCAGGCAGACGAGAAGAGCAGGAAUAUAGAUGACGGCUUCUAG